CAUUAUGUGAACUACGGAAUCUCAAAGUGCUACAUUUAGGUUGGAACAGUCUGGACGAUGGAGGCCUUCCAAGGUGUCUUGCACGUGGCCUUCCAUUUUUGAGAGAGAUUUCCCUACAGGGCAAUGCUCUCAACUUAUCAUCUCCUCUUUUAUCAGCAAUAUGUGGAUUAAGGAAUCUUCGUGUGUUAGAUCUAAGCUAUACUGUUCUAAGUAAUGGAAGUUUUCCACCUUGCAUGUUGAGUACAUUCUCGUCAUUGGAAGAGCUCUACUUAUGGAACUUUACCCUUGAACAAUCAUCUUCUAAUGUCCUAACAGCAUUACAAGGAGCAAGAAAUCUUCAAUACUUGGAUCUAAGUUAUAACAAUCUCAGCGAUGGAAGUAUGAGAGUAUUAUGUGAAGUAAGGAAUCUUCGGACAUUGGAUUUAAGUUAUAGCAAUCUCAAUGUGGAACAUAUACCACAUUGUCUACAACAAAACCAUUCUUCUUUGGAAAAACUUACCCUACAAGGCACCUUUACCACCAAAGACUCGGAUGCUCUCCUAAAAGGAUUAAUAUGUAGAUGGAAGAAAUUUAAACAGUUGGAUCUAAGUAUGAAUGAUCUCAAUGAUGAAAGAUUACCCUCUUGCCUAUUGCAUAACAACCCUGUGCUCGAAGGGCUUGAUCUGUCAUCGAAUAAUUUAAAAGGUUCACUUGGAUUCUCAACAGGACUUUGUAAACUAAGGAAGUUACGGUACCUGAAUCUUGGAAGCAAUUCAAUUGACAAUAUCAAUUGGACAUGUUUGAGCAGCCAAUUGAAUUCUUUGCAGAGCCUUGAUCUUUCCGGUAAUAAGUUGGAAGGAGUGGUCUUCUUCUCUAUGUUUGCAAAUCUUUCAAAACUUGAAGAGAUUAACCUUUCAAACAAUAGAGAGUUAAAAGUUGAAACCGAGUCCCCAACUUGGGUUCCAUCUUUCCAACUAAACUCCUUACUCUUGGAAAAUUGUAAAAUCAGGAACAUUCCCCACUUCAUUUCCAACCAAUACAACUUGUCUAUUCUAUCUUUGUCGUACAACUCUCUUCAAGGAACAAUUCCGUCAUGGUUGUUAUACAAUGUUACUUCACUUUCUAAAUUGUGCCUGAGUGGCAACCACUUUCAUGGCCCAUUUCCUCUGCCCAUAAAAAACAGAACAUCAACACUCAAAUUUCUCGACAUCUCCGACAACAAUUUUGAGGGACAACUUCUUGGAAACAUUGAUGUGAUUUUCCCAAAAUUACUCUUCUUUAACAUGUCCACAAACAAACUUCAAGGCUGCAUCCCUCCGUCAUUAGCCAAUAUAAUUGAACUAGUGAUGUUAGACUUAUCAAAUAAUUACUUUGUAGGCGAAAUACCUUGUAGAUUAACUCAAAAUAAUUAUUUCUUGUUUCUUUUAAACUUAUCAAAUAACAAUUUACAUGCAAUAGGAAGCGUUUCCAACAUGACAAAUCUACAACAGUUAAGGCUUGAUGGCAAUCGCUUCACAACACUCUUCCCAAUUAUUCCAUCAACCCUUCCUUCACUCGAGCUUCUAGACAUAAGUAGGAAUUCCAUAUCCGGCUACAUCCAAGAUUGGCUGCCUGCUUUUCCACAAUUGGUCGCACUCCUUAUGAGAGGAAAUCAUUUAGUUGGUUACAUUCCAACAUCAUUGUGUCAGAUGAAGCAAUUACGGUUUUUGGAUCUUUCAAAUAAUCACCUGUCUGGAAGCAUACCUUCUUGCCUCGACAACAUCACCUCAUUGAUGGAAAAGUCACAAUUAUCACUUAAUACAGAUAUAUUUUUUGUCAACUACAUGGAUUUAAAACUCAAAGUAAAUUUUGCCACAAAGAGAAACAUGUACUCAUAUGAGGGUCUUCCUCUUGCCCAGAUGACCGGGAUCGAUUUUUCUCUAAACCAAUUAUCUGGUCAUAUUCCAUCUCAAAUGGGAAAUCUGAGAGCCCUGCAUUCAUUAAACCUUUCUCACAAUUCUCUAAUGGGCUAUUUUCCAGAAUCCUAUCAAGGGUUGGAAAAGUUGGAGAGUUUGGAUCUCUCCCACAACAAGUUGGUGGGAAUGAUCCCUCCUCAAAUUGUUCAACUCUAUUUUCUUGAAAUUUUCAGUGUGGCCUUCAAUCAACUCUCAGGAAAGAUCCCAUAUGAGAAGAACUUUGCUUCUUUCACCCAGGAUAGCUACAUUGGUAAUCCGGGACUUUGUGGACCUCCAACUGAAGUCAAUUGUUCAUCACCUCAACCACCCCAUGAUGAAUACAAGGAAGAAGAUGUUGAUGAACAAAGUCUCAUUGACAAUGACUUAUUUUUCUAUUCAUAUGUGGCUAUUUCUUACAUCUUGGGAUUCUGGAUUGUUAUUGCUCCUCUUCUUCUCAGCAAAAAUUGGCGUAGAAAGUACUACAAAGUUGUGGAUGGAUGCAUUGAUUGGUGUAGUGACAGGUUCUUUUGGGUCUUGUUUUAUAUCAAAAACUAUUGCUAGUCAAUAUAUUACCACUCAAAUUAAUAAAGCAGUGUAAGGGAAGAAUUGUAUUGUGUAAUAUGUAAGACAAUUAUUCUCUCUCUCUCUC